CUCCCUCUCGCUGGAUUUUACCCGGUGUAGUUUUUCGAGGCCUCUUUGUGUCAGCUGACCCGACGCCAUUUUGUCCGCCAUUUCCUCCCGGAGCAGCAGCGAUACUCGCCGCAAAAACAGUGCUGGGCAGCGCCUGCCUUUCAACCCGAGAAAAAACACAACCCCGGCCCCUUAGCAUGACACAAUAAGACGGGUCCCCCAGCAGACACGCAACAAAACCGCAACCAUGGCUCUGAAAAUGGUAAAAGGCAGCAUCGACCGCAUGUUUGACAAAAACCUCCAGGAUCUGGUACGUGGCAUCAGGAAUCACAAGGAGGACGAGGCCAAGUUCAUCUCAGCAUGCAUCGACGAGAUCAAGCACGAGCUGAAGCAGGACAACAUCGCGGUGAAGGCCAAUGCUGUGUGCAAGCUGACCUACUUGCAGAUGCUGGGGUACGAUGUCAGCUGGGCGGCUUUCAACAUCAUCGAAGUGAUGAGCUCCUCCAAGUUCACCUUCAAGCGGAUAGGUUACCUGGCUGCCUCUCAGUGCUUCCAUGAGGGGACUGAUGUCAUCAUGCUGACAACCAAUCAGAUUCGCAAGGACCUCAGCAGCCCCAAUCAGUACGACACGGGCGUGGCGCUGACUGGGCUCUCCUGCUUCGUGACCCCGGACCUUGCCAGGGACCUGGCCAAUGACAUAAUGACGCUGAUGUCGCACACAAAGCCCUACAUCCGCAAGAAGGCAGUGCUGAUCAUGUACAAGGUAUUCCUGAAGUACCCCGAGUCUCUGCGCCCCGCUUUCCCCCGGCUCAAAGAGAAACUGGAGGACCCCGACCCAGGGGUACAGUCAGCUGCUGUGAAUGUUAUCUGUGAGCUCGCCAGACGCAACCCCAAAAACUACCUGUCCCUCGCCCCACUCUUCUUCAAACUGAUGACCUCCUCCACCAACAACUGGGUCCUUAUCAAGAUCAUCAAGCUGUUUGGAGCCCUCACUCCACUUGAACCCAGACUGGGAAAGAAACUAAUUGAGCCUCUAACAAACCUCAUACACAGCACCUCAGCCAUGUCCCUCCUGUAUGAGUGUGUGAACACGGUCAUUGCAGUUUUAAUAUCCCUGUCUUCCGGAAUGCCCAAUCACAGCGCCAGCAUCCAGCUGUGUGUCCAGAAACUGAGAAUCCUGAUUGAAGACUCUGAUCAGAACCUGAAGUACCUCGGGCUCCUGGCCAUGUCAAAGAUCCUGAAGACUCACCCCAAGUCUGUGCAGUCCCACAAGGACCUCAUUCUGCAGUGUCUCGAUGACAAGGACGAGUCCAUCCGGCUACGAGCCCUCGACCUGCUCUACGGCAUGGUGUCCAAGAAGAACCUGAUGGAGAUAGUGAAGAAGCUGAUGAUCCACGUGGACAAGGCGGAGGGGACGACCUACCGAGAUGAGCUGCUCACCAAGAUCAUCGACAUCUGCAGCCAGUCCAACUACCAGUACAUCACCAACUUCGAGUGGUAUAUCAGUAUCCUGGUGGAGCUCACUCGUUUGGAGGGGACUCGGCACGGUCACCUCAUUGCCUCUCAGAUGCUGGACGUUGCGAUCCGAGUGAAGGCUAUCCGCUCCUUCGCAGUGUCCCAGAUGGCCAUGCUGCUGGACAACGCACACCUGCUGGCCGGGAACACGCAGCGCAACGGGAUCUGUGAGGUCCUGUACGCGGCGGCCUGGAUCUGCGGGGAGUUCUCAGAACACCUGGAGGAGCCCAUGCAGACCCUGGAGGCCAUGCUGCGGCCCAAGGUGACCACCCUGCCGGGGCACAUCCAGGCUGUGUACGUGCAGAAUGCCGUCAAGCUGUUCGCCACUGUGCUGGCUCGCCAGGAGGGGGCAGGAGAUAGGCAGGCCGCGCAGGAGACCACAGAGCUGCUCAUUGAGAAACUGCCACAGUUCGUACAGAGCUCAGACCUGGAGGUGCAGGAGAGGGCAUCCUGCAUCCUGCAGCUCAUCAAGUACAUCCAGAAGCUGCAGGCGAGGGAGGUGAGCGUGUCCGAGGAGGUGAGCGCGCUCUUCUCUGGGGAGCUCAACCCCGUGGCCCCCAAAGCGCAGAAGAAGGUGCCCAUCCCAGACGGGCUGGAUCUGGACUCGUGGAUCAAUAAGCCCCUCCGUGAGAUCGAAUCCGAGGACGAGAAACCCAGAGCCAUCUUCCACGAGGAGGAGCCACAGCACAGCCGACCCAGACUGCCUGAGAUAGACGAGAAGGAGCUGGCCAAGCGCCGUGAAGUCCGGAAGCAGGAGCAGGCCAGCAACCCGUUCUACAUCAAGAGCUCCCCGUCCCCGCAGAAGUGCUAUCAGGAGACGGCCAAUGUUGAUCACAUCCCUGUUGUGCAGAUUGACCUCACGGUGCCCUUGAAAGUGCCAGGCAUGCCCAUGUCAGACCAGUACGUGAAGCUGGAGGAGGAUAGACGGCAGAAGCAGAAACAGGACAAGAAGAAAGACAAGAAGAAGAAGAAAGAGAAAGAGAAGAAGCGAGGGAAGGGGCGGCGCCUGGACUCUGCGCACACAGAGAGCGAGGAGGACAUCGCGCCGGCACAGAGUGUGGACAUCAUGACGGAGGAGAUGCCUGAGAACGCACUGCCGAGCGACGAGGACGAUAAAGACCCCAACGACCCCUACAGGGCCCUGGAUAUCGAUCUGGACAAUUUGGGGUCAGGAGGUGGAGUCUGGCGGCCCCUGGUGGACAGUGACAAGCUCCCGGUGCGGACCCACAGGCCUACGGAGAUGCUGAAAUCCCCCGACCCCGUGGCGGGAGUGGAGGAGCAGGGCGAGAAGAAGAGCAGCAAGAAAAUCAAGAAGGACAAGGAGAAGAAGGACAAGGAGAGGAAGGUACGAGGGGAGAGGAAGAAAAGCAAAGAGGAGAAGAAGAGAAAGAAGCACAGGAAGUCUGCUUCGGGGAAGGAAGUGGAAGAGGAGGGACAAGUUGAAAAGCUCGCCCCUCCAGCAGCGGAAAGCGAGAGCACAGCCCCGCCCGCAGCCCCACCCACGGAGGACUCUGAUUUGGAUUUCUGGCUUUCCAGCGCUCCAGUGCCCUCUCAGUCCCAGCCCGAGCUAGUAGAUCCUGCCCCCUCGUCCGAGCCAGAGGAGCCCAAAGACGAGGAGGAGAGGGAGGAGAGCAAAUCUUCGAAACACAAGAAGAAGAAACACAGGAAGGAGAAGGAGGAGAAAUCGAAGAAGAAGAAGAAGAAGCACCAGGAUGAGGGCGCGGCCGAGUCUGUGCAGAACGGGACGCUGGAGGAAGAGGAGGAGCCCCUGCCGCCUAUGUCCAACUACAGCCUUCUUGCUGAGAACUCGGACAUUAAAAUGAACGCACUGCCGAGUGACGAGGACGAUAAAGACCCCAACGACCCCUACAGGGCCCUGGAUAUCGAUCUGGACAAGCCCCUGGUGGACAGUGACAAGCUCCCGGUGCGGACCCACAGGCCUACGGAGAUGCUGAAAUCCCCCGACCCCGUGGCGGGAGUGGAGGAGCAGGGCGAGAAGAAGAGCAGCAAGAAAAUCAAGAAGGACAAGGAGAAGAAGGACAAGGAGAGGAAGGUACGAGGGGAGAGGAAGAAAAGCAAAGAGGAGAAGAAGAGAAAGAAGCACAGGAAGUCUGCUUCGGGGAAGGAAGUGGAAGAGGAGGGACAAGUUGAAAAGCUCGCCCCUCCAGCAGCGGAAAGCGAGAGCACAGCCCCGCCCGCAGCCCCACCCACGGAGGACUCUGAUUUGGAUUUCUGGCUUUCCAGCGCUCCAGUGCCCUCUCAGUCCCAGCCCGAGCUAGUAGAUCCUGCCCCCUCGUCCGAGCCAGAGGAGCCCAAAGACGAGGAGGAGAGGGAGGAGAGCAAAUCUUCGAAACACAAGAAGAAACAACACAGGAAGGAGAAGGAGGAGAAAUCGAAGAAGAAGAAGAAGCACCAGGAUGAGGGCGCGGCCGAGUCUGUGCAGAACGGGACGCUGGAGGAAGAGGAGGAGCCCCUGCCGCCUAUGUCCAACUACAGCCUUCUUGCUGAGAACUCGGACAUUAAAAUGUUGAUAAAGGAACAAGGACCGGUACCUGGAAAGGUGUGUGAUAUCCAGGGGAACCUGCAGGACGGCAGUCAGGUGGUGGUGUCGGUCAUCUUCGAGAACAAGGGCAGCAGCUUCCUCAAGUCCAUGGAGUUCAACGUGAUGGACUCUCUCAACACCAAGCUGGUGCGGCCCGAAGGAGCCAGCGUGCAUGACGGCAUUGCUGUGCCCUUCCAACUGCCCCCGGGCGUCUCGAACGAGGCCCGGUUUGUGUUCACCGUCCAGAGCAUCAUCAUGCCUCAGAAACUGAAAGGAACCCUGACCUUCAUCGUGAAAACAGAAGACGGAUCAUCUCAUGAAAAACUUGAUUUCAAACUGCUGUUCACAUGCACGUCGUACCUGAUCACAACGCCCUGUUACAGCGAUGCUUUUGCUAAGUUGUUGGAGUCUGGUGAGCUGAAGAUGAACUCUUUGAAACUGGAAGGAAUAACCAUGCCCUUCCACCACCUGCUUGCAAAGAUCUGCUUCCACCACCACUUCUCAGUGGUGGAGCGGAUCGACUCGUGCUCAUCGAUGUACAGCCGCUCUAUCCAGGGGCAUCACGUGUGUCUUCUAGUGAAAACGGGGGACAAGAGUGUGUCCAUUGAUGCAAAAUGUGACGAGUCGACCCUCCUCAGUAACGUGCUGGAUGAAAUCAAGCUGACAUUUGCUGGGACAUGCUGAUUGUCUUUUUGAAUUCUGCAACUGUAAAAAAAAAAAUAAUAAUAAUAAUAAUCAAAGAAAAAGGCACUAAAACAAGAAGAGCCCUGCUCCCACUCUCCCCUGCGCAUGUACUGUAGCGGCACGCGCUUCACUUUAUAUCCACAGUCCUUUGCAGUUUCAGCAUUCUCUCAAUUUGUAUGUUUUAAGAAGAGUUUUUUGUUUGUUGGUUUGUUUUUUCAUGCUUUUCUCUGGAUGUCAAACCUUUUCCAACCCAGGGUAUUUUUUAGUUUGUAUUUUGUCAUCCCCAGAUUUUCUUUCUUUCUUUCUUUCCUGGCCUUGUAUCCAUAUCUGUAACACUCCCAAGCAAGCAACACAGAAAUCUAAGCAAUGCCUGUCCUAUAUUAUUUAAAAACCAGGAAAUAAUCCCUUGGUGGUAUUUUUGAUAGAUUGACAAUUCCUUUAAUAAAGUGCAUCUUGCUUGAAUAGAUACGGAUCUCUUUUUAAAUCCUUAUUUUUUGCAGACAAACUGGCAUACACACUGCCUGUUCUCUGAGCUGUAUGUCCCUGUAAACUAUAUAACUGGAAUGCUGUACUGGGAUUACAGAGGAACAGGGAUAGCCUUAAGAUACCCAACUGCCCCUUACUGUAAAUAGCCAGCCAAGAAUUGUUAGGGUUUUCAUUCGGCAUCGUAAGGGGUCAUAUCUAUAGGAAAAAACGGUUUUGUGAAUGGCUGGUUUUAAUUAAAUGGAUUCAGGUGGCCUCUGUAGACAAACACUGGUUAACGUCAAGCGAUCUCGUCCUGGGGGGUUCUGUGGACUGGAUGGGAUCUCUGAAGAUGUUAAUUAGUGUCCACCCAUCCUGUUUUUUUUAUUUUUUGUAUUAUCAUUUAAAGAGUUCUGUAUGGAGGGUGGCACGUUGUUAGACGCUCCCUGGGGAAGCGGGUCUGGGUUGGGAAGUCCCCCUCCAGGACUGCCCGCUCAGUAGUGACUGUGACACUGCUAGCUGGAGUCAGGCAGGUUUAGACGCCCAGCAUGGUCCCAUUCCGAAAGUAUUCUUGUGGUAGAUUGUAUGAUUAUGAUGGUGUGCAUUGAAACCUGCCUUAAACACCUGACCUAUAAGUCCUGUGUCAUUGAUUUGCAGUGGAAGAACGCUUCCUGGUUGUUCGUGUCUGAUUUCUCUUGAACCUAAUUGUACCUCCCUAGCACAGUGCUUUUAGAUAUUAAGACAUGCUCACUGUCUUUGAAUUCCACAACUGGAAGCAGAUUCAGUUGGGUGUGUAUGAAUCGCUUCUUUCACCGCUGCAGUAGAAAGGUGUGGAUGAAACAGAUCUUGUACUAAGAUCACUGAACAAUCGCAUUACCAUUGUAAAAAAAAUAGCAAAAGGACACGUUCCUAUUUCUGUUUUGCAGUAAAGCUCUGUCGUUGAUGCCUUCAGCAGAGCUCUGUCUGCUCCGCUGGCAGUUGCUGUUGAGAGUGUUGUGUUUCCUUGUGUGUGGGGUUAGGGAGAGUGGGGUGGGUGUGUCUGUGCGUGUCAGAGAAGGGAGAUUCAGUCAGCUCUGUGGAUAAACGUCUCUUGAAAUGAACUACAUAUUAAAGCAAACAAACACAAAUGUCUUAAAUCGUGUCUAUGCCGGUAAUUCGUAGUGAUGUUCUGUCGAUUGGAUACGCCUCUCAUUUUAGCCUGUAGUUUGUUUUUUUUUUCCUCUAUUCCAGAACCCUGUGUGGUGAUUCUAUACAUUUUGAACUGUAUGAUGUGUUAUUAUAUAAUUCGUAAUAAAAUAAUUAAUUUGCUAUCCACAUUCCCUUUACGAUAAUAAAACAUGACAAGCUGCUGUAUUUUAUUUUGUUUUGUGUCGAGAUGAACCAAUAAAAAUAUAAGAAAUGA